AUUGGGGAGACUGCAGAGAGUAGAAGUGCUGAGCUGCAGAGGAUGGACGGUGUUAGCGGCAACAAGACGAUGUCUUACAGUCGAUGGAGUUACGACAGUGUUUUAGAUGAUGAGAGCAGCAAUCUGCGACAACAGAAGCUUGACAGACAGCGAGCAUUGCUAGAACAGAAACAGAAAAAAAAACGCCAGGAGCCGCUGAUGGUUCAGUCCAAUGUGGACAGUCGCACCAGAACCCGCAGAAUGAAACAGUCAGAAGAACAAGCACCACUAGUGGAAUCUUACCUCAACAGCAACAGCAACACCAUUUAUCAUGCAGUACAGGAUGCUGAGCAAGAAGAUGUAAAAGUGGUAGCAGACUCACAAGCUCCAAAAUCAACUAAAAAAACCAAGGCAGCUACAGGAGGCUGUCAAACUGGCAACACCAGGAAGGAGAAAAAGGGGAAGCAUAAAGGAAUUGAUGGUCCCGCUGCUUUUCAGGAUGAUGUACAAGAAGUAGGGAGCCAGGUUCAGAUUCUUACUGUUGGAGAGGCUUGCCAAGUUGAAGAUGAAGGUGAGACAUUGGCUAGCAAUCAGCAACAAAGCAAACAGGACCUUCGAGUAACAAUGCAGAAAAAAGGUAUUUCAAGCAGCAUGAAUUUUGAUGAAGAGGAGGAUGAGGAGGAUGAAGACAGUUCAAGUUCCUCCCAGAUAAACAGUAACACUCGACCAGGUUCUGCAACAAGCAAGAAAUCAAACAAGGAGACAGCUGCAGGGCCCAGCCCUUCGACAAACAGCCCUGUAAUAGACGUUGAUGACCUGGAGGAAUUUGCUGUGAGACCUGCUCCUCAGGGUGCUACUGUCAAAUGCCGAAUCACGAGAGACAAGAAGGGAAUGGACCGUGGAAUGUACCCUACUUACUACCUCCACUUGGAAAGGGAGGACGGUAAAAAGGUGUUCCUGUUAGCUGGAAGGAAGCGAAAGAAGAGCAAAACCUCAAAUUACCUCAUCUCCAUAGACCCAACAGAUCUGUCACGAGGAGGAGAGAGUUUCAUUGGGAAACUAAGAUCAAACCUCAUGGGUACUAAGUUUACAGUUUAUGAUAAUGGAGUAAACCCAAUGAAAACAACAGUGAGUUUAGAGACAAGUAAUUUACGCCAGGAGCUAGCUGCCAUUUGCUAUGAGACAAAUGUCUUGGGGUUUAAAGGUCCUCGCAAAAUGAGUGUCGUCAUACCAGGAAUGAAUAUGGACCAUGAAAGGGUUUCCAUCAGACCACGCAAUGAACAUGAAACACUUCUUGCAAGGUGGCAGAACAAGAAUACAGAGAGUGUCAUUGAGCUGCACAACAAAACCCCCGUCUGGAAUGACGACACCCAAUCUUAUGUUUUAAAUUUCCAUGGUCGUGUAACACAGGCCUCCGUGAAAAACUUCCAAAUUAUUCAUGAUAACGAUCCUGACUACAUAGUGAUGCAGUUUGGCCGUGUAGCUGAGGAUAUUUUCACGAUGGACUACAACUAUCCAAUGUGUGCACUUCAAGCCUUUGCUAUUGCUCUGUCCAGUUUUGACAGCAAGUUGGCUUGUGAGUGAACAGGUCGUACCUGAGUCUUGCUCGGCCAAAGCCGUGUACCACCAGAAGACGACGACAAUAGACGUCCCAGAUGUAAUCUGGUGUUUCAUACUUUGAUGGAGCAGGUAAAAUUUGCAUUCUGAAGGACCAACCCUCUUGCUGGGGAGAAAAUAUUUUAAAAUUCAGAACUUUUGGAAAAUAUUUUUUUCUUUCUAUUCUCUAUUUUUCUGCAAGUGGCAUCAGAGAUCUGUAAAUAGAAGUCCUAUCUUAUGUCCUCAGUUCUGUUAUGAAGAUGUGCCAUGAUGUACUGUACCGUGGCUUAAGCAAAAACACCAUUGG